CAGCAGAGGGCUCUCCGGGAAGUGAAGUUUUUUUUAUCAUCACCUUUCGUUUUCCGCAGAUUUCGCGAGACUUGCGCACACUGGCUGGUUUGUGAGUGUGUGGGAACAUUUGUCCGCCAGGCAAAUUGAACAAUAUUGAUAUGAACUCUGCGUAAAGUUACUUUUGCGUUUCUGGAGGCAUGUCCAAGAAAAGGGGCAGGAAGCGAAGCAUCGGAGAACUGAGUGACACUCCAAGUCCAGAUCCUAACAGCAUCCUUGGAGUUCGUAUUCAACAUAACUGGCGCGAGAAGGGAAACCAAAGCAAAUGGAAAGGAACGGUGUUAGAUAGGCUCAGCGUAAAUCCAUCUCUCUUCAUGGUCAAGUAUGAUGGCUUUGAUUGCGUUUACGGCAUUGAGUUGUUUAAGGAUGAGAGAGUGUCCAACCUGCAAGUUCUGUCCGAGAAAGUUGUAAAUAACAAAAUCAAGAUACCAGCAGGGGCUGAGGACCUGGUGGGUAAAGCUGUUGAGCACCUAUUCGAAAAGGAGGACGGAGAGAAAAACGAGUGGAGGGGCAUGGUCCUCUCCAGAGCUCCCAUCAUGACCAACUGGUAUUACAUAACAUAUGAAAAGGACCCUGUUCUUUAUAUGUACCAACUGUGGGAUGACUACGCUGACGGCGACCUCAGGAUUCUGCCUGAAGCAGAAAACAAGCACCUAUUGCCCGCAGACAGGAAGCCAGGAGAAGAAACGGAGAGUCUGGUUGGGAAACAGGUUGAGUAUGUCACUGACAAAGGUGUGAAGAGGACUGGCCUGGUCAUCUACCAGGUCCCAGCCAAGCCCUCCGUCUACUACAUCAAAUACGACGACGAUUUUCACAUCCAUGUAUACGACCUGGUGAAAACCACCUAAAAAUAGUGGACAUUUGUGCAUAUCUCACUCUGCAGUCCUCCACAACCAUCACCACUCCUGCUCCUCUUCUGUUCAUCGUUACAGUUUAUUUUUUUGUUUUCAAUUCAUGAAUGGCAGGGUUGAUGAGUAAAGAAGCUUUAUUUUCUAGAAGUGCAAUCUUUUUCUUUUGUAUACAUAGCCAAAUCUCAACAGCACAAUGUUAUGUUUAAAUGUUUUAUAUUUGAUGCUUUACUUGCUAUAAUUUAAAAUAUUAUUUAACUUUUGGGCAGUGCUGUCCAGCAGCUGCAAAGUGUAUCAUAAUGAUUAAAAAUGCUGCUUAAACAUAAAGGCACUUUUGUUUGCAUUUACCUAAUAGGCAUUGAGCUUGGUACAAUUGCCUUACGUUUAGUGGUAGCUACAGUGAAUACUUGUACUGUUCAUCUUAUCAGUGUUAGUACUGUCAGUGGUGAAUAGCGACAUCACAGUCACUUUAACGAAACCCUAAAAUUUAUAGUGUUUUGAUUCACACACAAUUAUGUGAUAAUAAACCGCUGCUUUUUUCAACCA